CAGGAUUUUCAGACAGACCCACCUGGAGUACACUGAAUUUGAAUCUUUGAAGUGGAUCAUCAUCUGAACCAGGCAGAACAUAAAACAUCUGCAGAACACAGGGACUUGAGAACCAGACAGGGCACUCAUGGAAAAACAUAGUUGCCAUGGAUUUCCAAGGACAAGAAAGGACAAGAAACAGAAGAGGAAGAAUUAUCUGUAACUGAAAAAGUUGUAUUGGUAUUCCAUAAAAUUAAUUUGAAGAAGCUCUUCUCACAUCAAGCAAUGAUGUAUACAGAAUGCUACAGUUGUGACGAUCCAUGCAUAUGUUGAAUGAAACAAUGUAUUAAGCGAUGCUCUGAAUUAAUUAAAUUAAUUGGUCAUUCGUAGUCUGGAAUAAACAGUACUUCAGGCUUUCAUAAAAUUUUAUGGAGGCCUUGCAUAGCCAGUUGACCACAGGGGAGCAAUCUGGAGGUUUAGAAAAGCAGAAUGAGACUCCAGUGGACAGCCCCCAGCCACAUUCAGUACCACAGUAUCAUGAACAGAGCAAGGUUGGCACCCAGCAGCAUCAUGCACAACAGCAAAAACGUAUUAAUCCUGAGAGAAAGCGUCUCAGAUUACAGAAGAAAACUGCUCAGGAGACAGACAAUGUUGAAGAGGGAAAGCCACCAAGGGCAUCUGGUAGUUCUGAAUAUCUUGAUGAUAACAUGAGGCAGCCUAGUGAAAUGCCAUCUGGAGCUUCAUCCUCAGCAGUAUCAGCUAUACCAUCCUGUUCCAUGGAUGAGGCCUUGGAAGGUACACCUCGACAAAAACGGGAGCGUAAACCUCAAAAGCCUGGAAAGUAUGUGUGCUCAUACUGUGGUCGUGCUUGUGCCAAGCCCAGUGUGCUUCAGAAACACAUUCGUUCCCACACUGGAGAGAGACCUUACCCAUGUGCACCAUGUGGGUUCUCCUUCAAGACUAAAAGUAACCUGUACAAGCACAGAAAAUCACAUACUCACAGGGUGAAAGCUGGUCUGACUGCAGACAGGGAAGGACCAAGUAUAAGUUGUUCAGAGGAGCCACUUACAGAAUCAGAAGAUGAAAGCCAACCAUCUUCCUUUUUAGAAAAACAAAGGAUGUCCAUUCAAAAGCAAAAUACUACAGAAAAGUGCUCUGAUAAACAGUUAAAAGGUGCAGAAGAUUCUCAUGCAGUUAAAAAGAGACUUGCAAUGAGACUUAGCAGAGGAAGACGUACACCUAUAGGAUCAUCUGAUGAAACAUCCUCAUCAUUUGGUCUAAGUAGCAAAGGUAGCACAGAGUCAGGCUAUUUCUCUCGAUCCGAGAGCACGGAAGUCUCUCAAGAUAGUCCACCAAACACAAGUGCCAAAAGCUAUGCAGAGGUCAUCCUUGGAAAGUUUGGUCGUCUUGGUCAAUUACAAAGGACUGCCCAUCAGCAACAUGCCCAUCCUGCUGGGCAAGAAAGUAAAAGAAUUCCAUUCUCUGUGCCAAAAAAGCAAGUUAUUGACCACAUAACAAAACUCAUCACCAUCAAUGAGGCUGUGGUAGACACCAGUAAGAUUGACAGUGUCAAACCAAGAAGGUUCUCACUCUCUAGGAGAAGCAGUACAGAACUGAAGCCAGCCUCUUCUAAAGAGCCUUUCCUUCACAGUCCAAAAGAAAUAGAUGUGAGUACAAAGAGCAGUGGUUCAAUUACUCUUGGUGUACCUUGUGAGAAAUUUCAGCACCAUUCUCUCAGUAUGGAACCAACUGACGCAACACCAACUGCUCUUCUUCUGAGAAGUCACUCCAUGCCCUCAGAUGCAAGCGUUAGUGAUGUGUCUGAAACUUCUCCUAGUCUUCGCCUUAGCCAAUCCUUUGAUGACCAGCAACCAGUUCAGAAUCGGCGUCAUGGUAUGCUAAGACGACAGCCUGCCAUUGAAUUGCCCAUCGGUGCUGAAAUUACCAUAGAUGAACACCCCUAUUCCAGCUCUUCAUUUCAUCCCUCAGUUCCUGCAGUGCCUGAUCCCAGCCAGAAACAAGAGGCACUUGAGUGUGAUGCAUGUGGCAUAGUUUUUAAUGACUGGGAGAGAUAUCAAACACACUGCAUGGUUCAUAUUUCUCAACAAACUGAAAUUCCAGUCUAUCAAGUGGAAGAACACACAAGAAAAUUCACAACUCGUCCUGGUGCUUUUGCAUUUAGAAAAAGAAGAAAAGAAGAGAGUAUAGAACUUGACAAUCCUUCUUUACCCUCGCUUUCUUAUAUAUCACUCAAGGGAUAUACGCCAUCUUGUGAACAACCUAUUAAAGGGACCAUUGAAUUAGGUCAAGAACAUGGCACAGAAUGUGCUUUGAAAGGAAUAUCUGUCAUACAGCAUACUAGUUCAUUUGAGAAACAUGAUAGUACUUUAAAAAACCCUGGACCAGAUGAGGUCUCUCACCCUCAUGAUGUCUCCCAUUGUUCUCCUUGCUCACAAUCAAAGGAGCAGUCAACUAAACCAUACUUCCGUAAACUUGUACGGCAACACAAUGUCCAAGUGCCAGAGAUUCUGGUCACUGAAGAUUCAAACACCAACACAUUGGCAGUAUCACCCCCUCCAACUGUACCUAAAAUCAAGGACGCUGAAAAGGUCAGUGAGUUCCAAUGGCCCCAAAGAAGUCCAACUUUAGCCCAACUUCCAAUUGAGAAGUUACCGCCUAAAAAGAAACGUCUCCGUCUUGCAGAAGCUGCCCAGUCAUCAGAGGACUCAAGCUUUGAAUCAAUGUCCCUGCCUCACAGUCCAAGUCAAGACAGUUGUGUGUCUCACACCUCCAGUCGAUCAACUUCAUUUGAAGAGGCUUGCAAAGCCGAUGCAGAUAUGACACCAACUAGGAGAUCAAGAGCCACUCAUACUUUGACAAUUCCCACAAAUUCUCACAGAGAAAUGAGGCGCUCUGCAUCUGAGCAGGCACCCCAUGUUCCUCAACAUGUUAACCUUAUUAAGGAAACUCGCAGUAAGUCUUUUGACUACAGCAGUUUGUCUCCAGAUCGGACCCCUGCAGGAUGGAGAGAAAGGCGGAAAUGCCUUCUAAUGAGGCAUAGUGCAGUGAGGGAACCUGAGGAGGAGGAUCAAUCUUCUAAAGUCUUCAACACCAGUUCUCCAACUCAAAGGACUAGCACAUCACCUAGCCAUAGCCCAGCAAUCUCGUACAGUCCAACCACCACCCAUCUUCUGUCUUUAAGCAAUACUAUAAACACAUUUAGUGAAAAGCAGAUCAUGCAAUCACAGGAUGUUUUAUCAGAGAAUACCCAGCAGAAUGCAUUGCAGUUGACCCCAUUUAUUCAUACUGACCAGCCCACAACAAUGGGAAGUCUGCUUUGUCCAUCAGGUGCUGCCAGAGCUCAUUAUUCUUCAAUGUCGACAGGACUCAAGCUUGAAAUUCCAAUGGAGAAUGACUUGGUGAAUUCUGAUGCAAGGGUCAACCAACCAUACCUCACUCAUUAUCGCCACCAUCGGAAUCUUGGUUUUGAUGUUACUUCAAACACAGAACUACUGAGACCUUUACCAGCCCAGAGAAUUCCAGUCCGUCUUAAUUCACACCUUCCACACCAUGCAGGCUCUAUUUAUACUACAGUUUCACAAACAUUUGCCUCAAGGCCUCAGGAACCUUGCUGCUCUGGAGUCAGUUCAAUUCAAGGGGCCUCAAAGUUUGAAAUCAUGGACCAACAAUCAAUAUCUGAUGGAUUCAAAUCAGUAAGUGCUGGAGCAACCAAACGUGUGCUAUCCCCGACAAGCAGUGAGGAGCUCAGCCCAGAAAGUGAGCAACAGCAGAAACGUGUGAAAGAGGAGGAGAAAAACCAGGAAAAUGAAAGGGGGAAUGAUGAAGUUUUGAUUGAAUGCAAGAAGGAUGAAAGACUGGGUGAGCAAAGUAUCAUCUUACCAACAGAACACAAAGAAUCACCAUUUCUGACUCUUAACACUAACCUUACUUUUACCUGGUGCUAUCUAAACUACAUAAAGCCCAAUCCAUCUAUACAGAGUGAACAACAAAACUCAGUCUAUUCUACAUGGUGUACAAGUACCCGCAAUCCAAACCCUCCUGGCUUGACAAGCAAGGAAAUGCUAGCCCUGUUGCACUGCAGGCAGAGACCAGAACCACUCAUCUACACCAUGGCAGCCAUGUCACCUCCUCUGGACAGGAAACAAGAGACACCUGAGUCCCAAAAGCCUAACGUGACUGAGGUACAUGCCACUCAGUCCACAGAACCGAAAGAAGCCCAGCAAGCUGAGUUGACAGAGGUAGAAAAGAAAACAGCAGUGGAGAAGGACGACCAACUAUCUACCUCCAAGUACAGCUCACGGGUACAGAUUUGUGAGGGAGGAUACAGGUCAAGUGAGGAAUACGUGUAUGUACGUGGCCGGGGGAGAGGACGAUAUGUAUGUGAAGAGUGUGGAAUACGCUGUAAGAAACCCAGCAUGCUGCGCAAACACAUUCGACUACACACGGACGAUCGGCCUUACGUCUGCCAGCACUGUAACUUUGCCUUCAAAACCAAAGGGAAUUUAACCAAACAUAUGAAGUCAAAGGCUCAUGGGAAGAGGUGUCCAGAGGGAACUGCUCCAGGACCAGUUCAGUGUGAGCUUGAGACAGAUGAGGGAGGUGAGAAACUUACGGAUCUGGUGGAGGAGCACCAGUUCUCAGAUGCAGAGGAGACAGAUGUGGACGAGGCUGAUGAUAAUGAUGAGGGUGACGGGCAAGCAUCAUGCUCCUCUUCAUCGUCUAAGAGUACAUCUCUCUCCAGGGAUAAUUCUGGCUCCUGUGACAUCUCAGGCUUUUCAAACCCAGGCUGGGAACAACAUCCCAAUCCGCCUGUCAGUAUGAGCCCCCGAAAACCAAGCCACUAUGGAGAAGCUGCCUCUCCGAAGACCACAAAGUCUAUAGUAACCCUUCGACACCUCGAACCCACCACAGGGAAAUGCUCGUCCCCCAUCCGCAGCCUGUCUCCUGGCCUGCAAAUGUCCCCUGCUUUACCGCAGUCUCCUCAGCGUGACAUGUCCCCUCUACGUUGUCCCUCUCCGAGACAUAGUCUCUUUCCAUCAUCUUGCCUUUCCUCUUUGUCUCCUUUUGAACACCCAGCCUCAUCGUUCCCAGAGAGACACGCGUCCCCCAUUAGAGCCUCGUCCCCCAUACAGCCUUCGUCUCACAGUUGUCCACUUGCAUUGACUGUUGGGGCCAGUGUGACUGUUCAGUACCAAGCUGAUAGACCCAGAGAUUCUACAAAAGCCUCACCCAACAGAUUAAAUCUCAAGACCAAACCAGAGAAAACACACAGUCCUAAGAGAAGGACCAACAUGACACAGUCUUGGCCUCUGCCACAUGGACGUCUCUCCAGGAACAUGCAGCCGAAAGAAGGCCAGCGUGUGUUAAGUCACCUGCCCCUGCAUUCCCAGCCCCAGGUGAUGAUUCCCAAUCUCAGCCUCACGAUUCCUAUAGGCGGGAUCCAGAUGGUGCAGCCACGCUCCAACAUGCUCCUCCGAAGCGCUUCUCUGCACCACAGUGUGGCCCAAAUGACUGUCACUGUACUGACAAAGGAGAAAGGGGCAGAUGGGGGUCCUACAGUUGAAGUUCCUCAUCGUAAAAAUCAGCUGAUAGUGUUCACGGAGCCUACGGUGGAGAUGAGCUCUAAGAGUAACACUUCCUCCGAUGAAGACAAGGAGCAAAUCCGGGGAGUGGUUCAGUCAGAGCUAGUAUCAAAAAAGAAGGAGGUUCCCAGCGUUCCCAUGACGACCUGGAAGAGUAUCUCUCAAAGAAAUAACAGAAAGCAUUCUCGAAGUCCCAAGAAAGCUCAGCCGGUAGACAGCUCAAGAACAUCCAUGGACACUAAGUGUUAA